UUAAAACAUCGAUGUUCGAUGUUUCCGCUUUACAAAAUUUUUUUAUUUAUCAAUUCAAUAAAAUUAACUUAAAUAUAUGAUCAGAUUUAACAGAUUGUGUUUAAUAUUGGUGUUGGCGGCAUUUGGGAUGGAGAAGAUAAUGAAAGAGCAGAACAGCAAUGUUGCCGGGAAAGACGAACAAAACGACGCCGCCGAGGGUAUGCUCCCAAAUAAGAGGAAAAAAUAUGGGACAUCUUGUGUUUGGAAUUAUUUUGACAAAUCGGCUGAUGGCAAGACAGCCAAAUGUAUUAAAUGUGGCAAAACUUAUCAAACAAGUGGGAAUACGACCAACUUGUCUUGCCACUUAAAGAGGAUACAUCCUAAUUUUACAAUAUCAAAUGACACCGCAUUCAAAACAUGCGUUUUAAAGUACUUCUGCGUUCCGGCCACUUCCACUGAAAGUGAACAAAUGUUUAGCAAGGCAGGACUGGUUAUAAGAGAAAAGCGGAGCUCGAUAAAAGCCAAAAAUGUUAAUGUGAUUUUAUUUUUAAGCAAAAAUGACUGGAUAAAUUAAUUUAAGUUAUGUAUCUUUUUUUUUUUGAGUAGAACUCAAUGUUAUUUUUUAUUUUAUCAAUUGAAUUGUUAUUUUAUUUUAAUUUUUUUGUUUUUUCCUUUUUAUGUUUAAGAAGUAAAAACUAUAAGGAAACUAUGGAUCUCUAAUAAAGCUUUUUUUUUAUAAACAA